CGUCAAUUGGAAAAUGUAUAUAUGUACUAACAUUUUAAAUAAUAAUACCUACUUACCUAGUAGGAGUAUUUUUCUGCCAAAAUGCUUCUCAACUAACAACUGGACUCUAUCCUGACUUUUUUGCACCGUUUAUUCCCACACCGUGAUAUAUACGCGCUGUUAAGACACCUGUAAGCUCUGUUUCCCGCGUUGAGCUGUCACUCUCUUUUAUUGGUCUCCGUCGCUAUUUCUUUGUCUUCCUCUCUCAUUCUCCACCACUAUCAUUAAUUCUUUUUUCCCCCACUAAUCAGUCAUUAAAUCUCUUAUAAAAAAAGGAAAACACGCAUCUUUAAACCUAACCCUUAUUCUCCCACUAAUCAAAAUCAUUUCAUCUCUCUCCAACAUGACAGACGACAAAGUCUACCCGGCCUCUAAACCUCCCGGCGUUGUCAGCAGCGGAGCAACCACCAAACCAACUUUCCCGGCGACUAAAGCUCAGCUCUACAGCGCAAACCGCCCAGCUUACCGUCCACCACCAGCCGCCCGCCGCCGCACACACAGCCGUGGAUGUUGCUGUCGCUGCUGCUGCUGGACUAUUUUCGUAAUCAUCCUCUUACUCCUCCUCGUCGCCGCCGCCUCCGCCGUCGUCUACCUAAUCUACCGACCUCAACAACCAACCUUCACAGUCUCCUCUCUCAAAGUCUCCUCCCUCAACCUCACCUCCGCCACGCACCUCGCCACCGCCAUAUCCCUCUCCGUCGUCGCCAAGAACCCGAACAAGAACGUCGGGUUCAGCUACGACGUCACCGACAUCACGGUCUAUAAAGUCGAUGAUGACGUUGUUAUCGGUAAAGGCUCGAUGGCUUCGUUUGUGCACGGUGAGAAGAGCACGACUCUGCUUAAGAGUACUGUCGGGAGUCCUACGGGUGAUCUUGAUGAGGUGUCGGCGGGUAAGCUUAAGGGAGAGUUGAAGGGGAAGAGAGGAGUGGCGGUUAAGAUUGUUCUUGACACGAAGGUGAAAGUGAAGAUGGGUUCUGUGAGAACGCCUAAGGCAGGGAUCAGGGUUACUUGUGAAGGGAUUAGAGUGGUGGCUCCGACGGGGAAGAAGGCGACGACGGCUGUUACCUCUUCUGCUAAGUGUAAGGUUGAUCUCAGGUUCAAGGUCUGGAAAUUCAGUUUUUAAAUAUUGAGGAGCAAAAUGAAAAUUCUGCAUUCCAUUUUUUUUUUGUAUAAAUCCAUUGUUUCAUUUUUCAUUUCUUUUUUAUUUGAUUUCAUAUACAGCUUUUCUUUUCGAUUCCGGUAUGGCUUUAUUUUUUUGUUUAUGUAAAUGAAGAUAUAUACAUUUUGUUCGGUCCGAAUAUUAUUGUUUGUGGUUAUUCGAGAAAAAUGUUUGAUCUGCUUAUACAAGAAAGAAAAAACAGAAAUGUU